AUGAGCGAGCCUUCGUCGUCCUCAUCGUCGUCCUCGUCGUCGUCGGCCCCUGCGCGCCCGCCUUGGCUGAUGAGCAGCGAGAGCAACCCAAGCGCAACCACGUGUCGCAUCAAAGACUUGCCGCCAUCAUCAACCACGAACCAGCACGAUGGCGGCACACAGCAGCACCCGCCAGAGUGUCGACAGCUGCAGCGACAACAACGUGAUCGACACGAGGAUCGCAUGCGUGGUGCAUUGACGCCACUGCCGGCGCCAUCUCCCUCUCCUCUUCCGCCAGCAACAUCACACGCCACCCACAGCUACACCUCCAUUUCAAGUUCCGUUCAUCUGCCUUCCUCAAACGGCGACAUUCAGCCAUCCUGGAUUGAGGAGGAAGAUGACGACGGUGGCGCGCAGAUGAGCAGGCAACAGAUGUACGUUGGCCAUAAUGGCUGCAAAGGUGUUGGUGACGUUAGCCUUCCCAGAUCAAACACUGGUGCAAACGGCACAUACACCCGUCCUCAUGCCCGCCACAGCAACAACGGCAACAGCGGGAACAAUGCCAACAACGGCACCAGUAACCAUCGUGAUGGUGAAGCCCACAACCACGCUGACAACGACAAUGACGACGCCGAGUUUGAGAUGUGGGAGCAUGCGCGAGACAGCAGCUUGCGGAUCGCAGACUCGCACGUCAAUGCGUGGCCGGCCAUCAAGCCGCUUGACUUUAUCGGCAACAGCGAGGUGAUGAAGCGGCUGCUCACGGCGAUGCUGCGGCCACGAGACGGGUUCAGCUUCGCCAUCCACCGCGUUGAUGGCGCCAUGCUUGUCGACGACUUCAACCCGCUUGCGCAGGACCGCCACGGCCAACAGCACCGGCAGCGACAGCUUUCAGUGGGCAGCGAGGCGCAGUUGCUUCGGCUUGCGCAAGCAGCCAGCCCACGCACCUUUCGCUCCCAGCUGGCGCUCUCGCACACGGCCGAUGGCGAUGAUAUCGACGACGCGGUAACCAUUGCGAGUCACGCAAGCAGCAGCGCAACCACUCCCACCGCUCACAACAGCAGCAGCAGCAGCAGCGGCAGUGGUAGCACCCCUGGCACAGCUGGAAGUACACACAGGCAACACGAGCAGCAACACGAGCAUCGACAGCGGCAGCGACAGCAGCCUUCCCGUAACUUGCCGGCACUGCCACAGCUGGAGUAUCUUCCUCUCUCACACGUGAGCCAGCGCGACCAAGUCCCCAUUCCUCUUCCAUUCACGCCGCUGCAUCAUGCCAAUGAUUCAAACAACGGUGGCACUGGUAGCGAUGAUGGUGGUGGUGGUAAUGGUAGUUUGGAUCACGGCAGCAGCGCUGUGCACGAUGGUGCGGUGUCGUCGGGAACAGCGACACCGCCAUCAGCGAGAAGCAACUCGUCGUCACAGACAUCCACGUCGCUUGCACACCUAACAGCGACACCGCCAUCAGCGAGAAGCAACUCGUCGUCACAGACAUCCACGUCGCUUGCACACCUUCCGGCAUCGCUCUCCCUGCCACCUCCCCCAUCAAACGAGGACACGAAUACCACCAGCGCCAGCAUUGACAACAGCAGUGGCAACAGCGGUAGCGGUAGUGGUGGGCAUGAGGCAAACCAACUGCUGCUGUCGACGGUUGUUGGACAGGCGGAGCAGCGUCUUCCUGUCCGCUCAUAUUGGCAGACACACGACCACCUGUGGUCCUUCCACGACAUCCGCUCUGUCGUCACGUCUGACCUUGCCAUCUUUGGCGAUGGCGAGAAGCCCGUGCCGGCCAUCAGCCUGAAGCUGCGGGAGGACGGACAGCCCAUCAACGUGCUCACUGGCAUGGACCUCUGGCUGGACAACCUCAUGUGCAACGUCCCAGAGAUUAUGAUGUGCUACCACACGAACGGUGCUGUGUCACGCUACGAGACAAUCACAACAGAGGACCUGCCCGAGAUGAGCGGGUUUGAUCCAGAGGCCGUUGUGGCCAUUGCGCAAUCCAUGAAGACCUUCCUCAACAAGAACUGCACGGAGGAAGGACACACCUACUGGCUGUACAAGGGCGAGGAUGACGACAUUGUGCGGUUGUACGACUUCACCGCCCUUAUUGAGCAAUCACGGUCCUUGUCCACAGACCCAAACUCAAACGUGACCAACCCGUUUUCGCACUCGGUCGCGCUGCUGCUGUACAAGAUUGCCAUCCGCAUUUUGGAGGACGACCAGCCCCAGACGGACGACGAUGAUGCAACGGUGUGUCGACUCCUGGCCAACGCACGUAACCUGGUGGAGGCAGAGCGGUAUCCGAAGCUUGCAGCCGCCAUCAACCUGCACCUGAGCCAGAUGCCACCGCACGUCCUCGCCCGGCUCAACCUCGCUGAUCAUCGUGGCGAUGGCGAUGGUGGCAGUCGUGAUGGUAGUGAUGGUAGUGAUGGUAGUGAUGGUGGUGGUGAUGGCAGUGAUGGAAGACGUGGUGCAGCCCGCACGUCGCAUUCGCCAAGCGCACACAAGCAACAGCAGCAGCAGCAGCAGCAGCAGCAGCAGCAGGGGCAGCAGGGGCAGCAGGGGCAGGGGCGUAGUCGUGCUGGUGCCAGUGCUUCGUCAUCAUCAACAGCAACACCACCAACAUCUUCAUCAUCACCGCCACCGCGUCGGCCACCCGACACGGGCGCCAUCCCCAUGCCGUCUGAUACCAUGCACAGCUCGUUGCCCUGGACCUGUUGGAGCCAGCGGUGGAGUGGAGUGGAUUGCAGACAACCCACAGGCCACAGCCGGCAGCUGCUGGAGCUGGUGCUCACGCGCGCCGCACACCAUUACGCAACGCUGGCCAAGCUUGCGUUGCAGCGCGGGAAGUUUGGAUCCACCGUCCGCUUUUGUGACCUGUGCCUGCGGUGCCGCACCGGCGCGCGCCGAGCAAGCACGUGGUAUGACGGUGGUGACGGCGGAGGUCAAGGUGCUGAUGGGGAUGGUGACGGUGCUGAUGGGGAUGGUGAUGACAACGGAAGAGCUGGAGGCGAUGGCAGUAGUGGUGGUAAGCUGGAAGGUGGUGAGGGGGAGAGUGCAGCGAGCACAGACAGCAGAGUCAAUGGCGCGGGUGAUGAACAGCUGGAGAGCAAGCGCAGCGGCGAUGCAUCAAGGGCUGGUCGACAACACGUGGACGGCCACCAAUCGCGCACCACAACAACGACAACGACAACGACAACGACAACACCUUCGACAACAACAACGGCAACACAUUCGACAGCACAUUCGACACCAACACAAUCGCCACCGCUGCCGCCAACGCCGCCACCAGCAGCGGGGCCCAUCAUUGCCGUCAAGGCGGCAGAGCACCUGCAGACACACGUGAAGCAGGAAGACGACCCGCUUGGUAAAGUGUUGCCGCUGGCCGCACACGCGCUCCUGGCGCUUGCGGCGCUGCACCACGACGCACCCCAGCACCUUCCCCAGCAGAUGGCAGAGGCAACAUACCGCACACGGCAGGAUGCGGCUCUGGCGCGCUCCAGGGCGACCACCAGCAAUGACAACAGCCGCUGCAGCAGCGCACCGCCGCCACCGUCAACAUCGGCAACACCCCCGCCAACAGCACGAACUGGCAAUAAUGACGACGAUGACAACGAUGACGGUGAUGAUGGCGAUAUGGUGAUGAAGGCGAGCGGUUCGAGCGAGGACAAGGUCGGCCGGAAUGGCAGUGGUGUAGGCAACAGUGCUGGUGGUGAUGGCGACACGCGUGAUUGGGGCCAGCAAUUUGGUUCGAUUCCAAGCACCUUUGGGGGAUCGCUGCUCCAGCGCCAGGCCGUUGUCUCGUUUCCUCUUCCCAGCGACAGAGCGGCACUGGCAAAGGCAGCACUCGCUCUCUACGACUUUAUCCACAACGUGCGGUGGCUGUGCAUGCGCACGCUGGUGCGGCAGACGGGCAACGCGCACAACGAGAUGGCCAAAGUGCUGAUGGACCAGCUGUCGGAGAUGCCGGCACUCACUGCCUGGUCUGCCGCGCAAUUUGAAGAGCAGAAGCAAAUGGCGUGUGCGCAUUUCUUCCGCGCGCUGGCGGCGUUUCGCAACCUGCGGGACCGCGUGAACCAGGCCGUCAUCAACUGCAACCUGGCCAAACUCAUGCGCAUCAGCUACGCGCGCAACCAACUCCACAUGAACGCGCAGGAAGCACAGCGUGCACGUCGUCGUGGCGAUGGUGGUGGCGAUGGUGGUGGCAGUGGCGCAGUGCACGGUGCAAGCAAGGACAAGUCAGCACGGCCAUCAGCAUCAGAACAAUCCGACGCCCACACGGACACAAAAGCCAGCACCAACGACGACGAUGGCGAUGGUGAUGAUGGUGAUGGUGGUGGUGCCAGCCCCCAUGCCGUCGCGUCAACCGCUGACCGCAACCUGCACAUGCACGCCAUCCAGUACUACCAGCAGGCGAAGGACUGCCUUGCGCGCCGCGCCGUGCACCCGCAGCUGUGGGACCAGAUCCAGCUUGAGCUGGGCGGCACGCAUCUUGGGUUUGCGGCGCUGCUGGCGAGUGCUGCCCCCGCCCUUCGCGACGAUACGCACGUGGACUCGUACCUCAACAGCGCCAUCGCCAUCUUUGCAGACAUCAGCCGCAACCUCACGUCCGCGCCCGCCACCGCCGGCCGGCACGACAACGCGGCGUGGAUCAGUGCAAUGCGUCGCGCUGUGUCGCUGAAGCUCGGGGAGGCGCACCAUCGCCUUGGUCUCGUGCACCGGCGGUGGGCGGCGGCGGCAGCACGCACUGCAGCCAGCAAGGCGAGCAAGGUGGCAGAGAACCACCUCAACAAGGCGCUGUCGUACUACGCCAUGUACCCGGACGAAACGGCCGGGCUUGUGCUGCAGGUGCACUUUGAACGGGCCACGCUGCACAGCAGCGCGCACGGCCGGCACAGCGGCAGCCCCAAUGUUGGUGCGUUGAAGCGAAGUCUGCGGGACUUGCUUGCAUGCAAGGACGCCCUGGCCACGUGCGUCUCGUCGCGAACCCUCUUUCCAGCAGCAGCGGCAGCAGCAGCAGCAUCGAGAAACCACAAGAAGCGGCGCAUGCGCGCUGGUGAGGGUGGCGGUGAAGGUAGCAGUGGUGAGGGUGGAGAGGAUGUGUCUGAUGAAGUGGCGCAGCAGCGGCAGCAGGUGGUGGAGGUGUGCACUGCCAUCCGCGCGCGACUGCAGGAUCUUCUGGAGGCGUUGGUGGGAGACGGUGGCGGUAAUAAGGCUGGGCGGAGCAGGAACAAGAAGAAGGGCAGGAGAGAAUAUAAGGAGAGAGCGCGUGCGCAGCUCAAUGCGUGCACUGCUCUUGCAUCACGCGAGUUCACGUCUCCCGACGACCUGAGGCGCUUGAUGACGCUGUUGCAGCAGUGCCGGCCUCUGCUAUCGUGA